AACAGUUGCUAAUUUGAGUAUAAAAGCAGGAAAUGUGAUAUACUGAUUUCCUUUCAUGCAAACAGAACAAUCUGACGGAAUAUGUAAGGGCGUUCUUUUCCAAGUCAGAUUUCUAAUAUACACCAAGUGUUCAACUGUGGAUACAAUAUUUUCAUUAUUUUGACAAUUUUGAAUACCAUGGAUGCCAACAACACUAGUCCUGACAACUUAUUGCCGAGUAAUUUCUGGAAUCAUAUGAUAAUAGCAUUUUCUGUUUCUAUGGUCAUUGGACUUGUGAUCGGAGGCGUAAUCUGGGCUUUGCUGGCUUGCCUGUCUAGUCGCAGAGCUAGUGCCCAUAUUUCCCAGUGGAGCACCUCAUCCUCCAGCCGGCGUCCCAGAGCUUCUCGUGGAUCUUCUGCCAGCAGGCCAGGAUUUUAUCGCAACAGCAGCUGCGAACGCCGCAGUAACCUCAGCUUGGCCAGCCUUACCUUCCAAAGGCAAGCUUCCUUGGAGCAGGCCAACUCCUUCCCAAGGAAAUCAAGUUUCCGAGCCUCAACGUUUCAUCCCUUCUUGCAGAGCCCCCCGCUUCCUGUAGAAACGGAAAGUCAGCUGAUUACUUUGGUACCAGUCACCCCCACCCCCACACUUACUGGGACCACCACCAACAGCCUAUCUCGUCCCGAGUUCCACUGGUCCAAUAAUAGUCUUCUUGUCUCCAACUCAACACAAACACCACCUCCUGCUUACGACUCUAUCAUAAAGGCUUUCCCAGACUCUUGACUCCAGUUCUUGGGGAUGUAUGUAUAUAGAAAGAAUCUCAGUUGUAUGAUUUUCUGUGGGCUCUAUGAAGACACCUAUGAAGUCUACCAUUGCAAGGACCUGCAGUGCUGAGACCCAAGUGAUAAUUAUGUGUCCCUCUAUGAUAGGCAUUUGCUGGAGUGAAACUCUGAUGUCUCUUUCAGUGACAAAGACCUCUCUUGCACUAUAUUCACAAUGGUCUGCAGCAUCACGAUGUGUUUAUAUUUGCAUUGUAGCCAUUGCCUUUAGUUUAGA